AUGUCUUGUCGAGUAUCGUACACAUGGCACCACGAUUUUCCCAAGUUGGCGAAAGAAGCUGGCUUCUGUUUUAACGAUCCUUCGCUACCGGGAAAAUUUGAUUGGGCAUCUAUAGGCAGUGUAGAUGUGGAUCGAAUUUAUAGAGAAAGAGAUUUUGCAAGUCUUGAAUAUUCGCUUCAAUAUAUUUUGGAUGGCCCCAUAGGAAGUCUCCUGGAAUCUCGAGCAUUAGACGCAGCAGUUAGUAAGCUCUUCCGAGUGUCUCAGUUAGCAAUUCAGUAUUUAUUGUUUUGCAAACAAUUUCUGGACAGAAGUGUUACUGUAAUGAGGGCAACCAUAAAAGAGCAACAGAAGGAAAUUACUAAUCUAAAGAAGAAUAUAAAAUCCAAAGAUGACCAAAUACAAAAAUUACGUCAAAAGAAAAUAGAGAAAGAUUUUGCUCUAGAAUCUGGAAGAAGUUUACCUAUAAUUCACUCCCAUGGUUUGGAUCCAUCUUGCCAUGUUUGUGGAAAAACAUUUCUAAACAUUGUCUACCUCCAGGCUCAUUUGCAGAGACGUCAUAAAGAUGAGCAACCAGAACGAGAUAGUGGUCCAGUUGUGCAUCAAAAUCAGUUAGAUAUCAAGUCCAUGCAAAACAUUACAACAAAUGGUCAAACAAAUGUUGCAUCAGGUGAAAUGCCACCAUUGGCCUCUUCUUCUGCAGUGGUUAUUCCUGAUUCUCAACUUAUAGAUAUUGUAAAAUUGCAACUCGAGAUUAAACAACUAAAGGAACGACUGGCUAAUGCAGAGAAAACUCUGAUUGCGAGUGAAGAAAUAGAUUUAUGUAAAAGAACAAGUGAUAGGAAAUUUCAAGACGCGAGUGUAAACACUGAUCAGCCAGUUGUAGACAAUAAUAUAUUAGGCGAAGAUAAAUACGAACUAGAAAUAAAAGAUCUUAAGGAGCAAUUUCUAAGAAGUAUAGAAAGUCUAAAAGACAGGACAUCGUGGAUGGAAAUUAAUAGAAAAAUAGAAGAUCAAGAAAACCUUUGGAAAAAUCGAUGUGAUGCUUUAGAAAAUAAAUUUGAUCAAGAUACCAAACAUCUUAUGCAAAUCUUGAGUGACAUAAAGCAAGCUAACUUACAAUCCGCAUCAAGUAUGAAAAAGGCUCACAAGAAAAAAUCCAAAACUGCAUCAAAAUCUUUACGCUCUAGGACUACAGAGGAUUUCAGUAUCGAUAAGGAAAAUAAAUCACAAGUCAACCCACUGCAGCCUUCUAUUAAAUUACUUGGUUCUGAUAAUAACGAGCAUAAAUCUUCUAAAAGAAAAUUACAAUCAAAAAUUCCAGAAAGGUUUACAUUAGCAUCAUUGAAUGAGAUGGGCUUUAAUAAAAACCACGAAAAGCCUGAUAAAAUAUCUCAAAUCUCUUCAAAAAAAGAUACGCGUACUCCUAAUAUUAAAGAAAAAGAAAAUAAUAAUUUAAAUAAAAUCGUAGUAGAAGCUGAUAUUCAUGACAGAGAUGAAAAUGAGGGAUUAGUAGAAGAAAUAACCAACAACCAAGAACAAUCCUUGCAUGAUGAAUUUCUGAAAACUAAGCCUUCUACUUCAAAUAUACAAUAUAGAUCGCUUUCAAGUUUGCGGGAAGCUCUGUUUGAAAAUCCAGAAGAGUUAAAAAUGUACAGAGAUUCUUUGAUUGGAGAUUUGGAACAAAGACUAUGGAAAUUAAAUGUUGAUCCAUCUUCUAAUGAAAUGUUAGAUGGGGAUUAUCAGAAAUGUAUGAAUAUUAUCGUUCAUGAAAGAAAGUUGAAGAGUAAAGUAAGUGACUAUAGUGUUAAAUCAUUUUAA